AUGGGCUGGGCUGCCACAGGCUCUGAGCACUAACUUCCAGGUGACAGCCGUGUGGAGAGCUCAGAGACCAUCCCGUACUCCUGUGAGAGGAGGAGGACACAGAAAUCAGUGCUGCUCCCAACAGCAGAUCAAGGCGGGCCCCAGGAGCCUAGGACCCAGGCAUCUCCUUGGAAUAUCUCCAUCUUUGCCCUGAUGGGUGUGGUGGUCGUGAUAAGCAUGGUCCUCCUGGGAAGGAGCAUCAAUGCAAACAGAAAGCAAAAGAUGCUGCCACGGGAAAAACAAACUCCAGAAGUCUUAGCUGAGGCCGGAACCAAAGAUGACAACAGUCUGAACAUCCUAAGAGAGACUUUGCUCUCAGAAAAGCCAAAUUUGGCCCAGGUGGAAAUUGAGCUAAAAGAGAGGAAUGUGCCAUCAGUCUUCCUUCCAGACCCACAAGAAACUGAGAGCUAGUGAGAACCAAGAACAGCGCCCUCAUAUUGUUAGCAGAUAAAAUGAAAGAACUGUCAUCAAACUAAAAUUCUGUUAUUAAAAAAACUUUUUAUUAAAA